GCAGAAUCGUAGGUGGCGCCAUUGUCGAUUCGUUUUGUUGUCAUCAGCCACCACAUUCACACUAAGUUGUUUUUAAUCCGAUUUUCAUUGGAACAUUUAGUUUUAAAAUAGUAUAAAUUAUAAUCUUCCUUUUUGACAAAAACAUAAUGCAACCAAUGAUACGAAUUACUAUUAACAAAUUUUCAUAACAAGUAAUCGAAAUAGUGUGCCCUCAUAAAUUCGAAAUCGAGGUUAACUCCUGAUAAGUCCACUUUUCAGACAUUUCUAAGUAAUGUGACAAUAUUCGUUUGGUAAAUGGUGAAUUAUCGGUGCCAUGGAAAGAAGAAUAAAAUUAAAAACUUUGAACAGUCAUAUAACUUGCAAGAUAUGCCGUGGUUAUUUAAUAGAUGCUACUACAGUAACAGAAUGCUUACAUACAUUUUGCAAAAGUUGUUUGGUCAAACAUUUGGAAGAAAAACAUACGUGUCCAACAUGUCAAAUAGUAAUACAUCAAUCGCACCCACUUCAGUAUAUCAGUUUCGACAGGACAAUGCAAGAUAUUGUUUACAAAUUAGUUCCAGAUCUCCAAGAAAGUGAAAUCAAAAGGGAAAGAGAAUUUUAUAGAGCGAGAGGUUUACCAUGUCCCAAGGAUAUUUUACCAAACGCUGCAGAGGUAGAAGAAGAAAAAGCAACUGCAGAUGCUCAUGCAGAAUCAGAUUAUCAUAGAGCUGACGAACAGGUAAAUGUAUGCCUGGAAUGUAUAAAUGCUAGUUUGAAAACUUUAAAGCGAAGAUUUAUCAGAUGUUCCGCACAGGCUACAAUUACGCAUCUUAAAAAAUUCAUUGCCAAAAAGGUUCUUAGUGGCAUGGAAAAAUAUAGAGAUAUUGAUAUUUUGUGCAAUGAUGAAUUACUAGGUAAGGAUCACACUUUAAAGUUUGUAUAUGUGACAAGAUGGAGGUUCCGGGACCCACCCUUAAGAUUACAAUAUCGACCACGAAUAGAUAUUUAAAACUAUGUUUUUUACAUAGAAAAGUUACAAAAAUCUCGUUAUGAAUCAAUUAUAUAUAUAUA